CAGAGCUUGUGAUUGGACAUUCACCUUCGCAUUGGCCGCACACUGACCAAUCAGACGCCCCACGAUUGAGCUUGACUACAGCACCCGACCUCCAACUCAAUCCCGAAGUCGCGGAGUGCAUCUAGAUUUAUUAGGAACAACUCCGAGUUUGACCAUCCCACCCCAAAACCGCAAAGAUGGCCUCCCGGAAACCCAUCACCAACCAAGGCGUCCUGAUUGACACGACGCCGCUGCCCGACAGCAUCCCCAAGGUCAAGGAGCUGGGCGCGAGUUCCGCUCCUCUCCUGUCGGCGUCCUUUUUCAUCGGCGCCCGCUGCCGCGACUACAACGAUGACUACAUGCAGUGCAAGACCGAGAACCCGGGCAAUGGCGAGGCCUCAUGUCUGAGGGAGGGACGCCGCGUCACCCGCUGCGCCCGCAGCGUGGUCGAGGAUAUCAACAAGAGCUGCCUCGAAGAGUUCCGCAAGCACUGGCAGUGCCUUGACAACAACAACCACCAGCUGUGGCAGUGCCGACCGGCCGAGUGGAAGCUCAACAAGUGUGUCUACGAGAACUUGGGUCUGGAGAAGACGAUUCCCGACCAGCCAACGAACAAGACGCCGGUCCACCUCCGCCGGCACCAGAUUUACGCCCAUUACGACAUCCCCCGGAACCAGUUGCCGUUCAUUCCCGAGAAGAAGGAUGCACCAAGUUCUUAAAGGUGCAGUGGUGGUGGACCAGGAUGGGGUGACUGCUCAUGCAUGUCGAGGGGCUGUUCUCAAUCACUGGUUCAAAGGCUUUGUGUUCUUGUCCUCAUCAUCGGGUUAGAAGAUGGUGUGAGGAUAGCUGCCAUAUCAACGGCGCUGUAGGGCCGCAGACUUUGUACAUGUAGAGCUGAAGAAUGGUGACGUUUGUUGACACCGAAGUGCAUUGCAUUGCUAACUAUGUAUCAAAACAUCCGCGGUGA